UGGAGCCACAGUGUGGCGGUGGAGGCAGCAGCAAUGGAGGCCAUACAGCACCCUAUGGCAGAGUGUGGCGAUAGAGACAGCAGCAAUGGGAAGGCCGUACAGGGACCCAUGACACACUCUGGACCUGGCAGCAGCAUGAGGAGGCGGUAACAGGGGCCCAUGACAGAUUACGGGCCUGGCAGCAGCAUGAGGAGUCGGUACAGGGGCCCAUGGCAGAUUACGGGCCUGGGCAGCAGCAAUUGGGAGGCCGUACAGGGACCCAAGACACACUCUGGACCU